CUAGCCCCCACCCCCACUCGUGCCCCUCUCCUUCGCUCCUGUCCUUCUCACGCUUGGUCGCGGCCGUGGCUAGGGUUUCGGGCUGGGCAGGGCAGCGUCUUCGCCGCCGGCGCGGCUCCGGUGGACUCCGACGGCUCCUCUCCAUCUCCUCCCUCGCCCCCACGUGCGGUUCCGCUUCCCGCUGGCCACGAGGGGCAGCCGGGGCGCAUCGGGCUGGGCCUCCUCUGUUUCCGGUCUGUUAUGGACGAGGAACCAUUAGGAAGGAAAGGUGUGUAUCAACCAAGAAGCGGAGCUAGGUGUGCCUGGUCUGCGGCGACGACCUUUGGGCCAACAACACAUGGACAUUUCAGAGAUAAGCUAUUGCAUCAGAACUUUGCUUGGCGAACAUCCGGGACACUCGGGUACAUAAGAUCCAGGAGGGUUGGUGCGGCAAGUAUGACACCAAAUGUUUCUAAGGUUACCCAUGGCAGAUUCUGUGCAGAGAGCACACAAGGAUCGAAGCAGCAAAACCAGGGCGAAACAGAGCAAACACAAAAGAAGAAACGUAUGCUACAUACAGUCGAUGUGAUCCUUCCAACACCGCCGUCGGGGGUCCUUCUGCCUCAGCCAGGACCUCUUCUGCCCUGCACCGCUGCUGUGAACCUAUCCAUGCGGACAGCCACCGCCAUGCUACAGCUGUCGCAACCUGCAGGUUCAAAAUUCAACCUGUUUUGCUAUAAAUGGCCUCCUGCACCGUUGUAUACAAAGCUGAAGUGGGUACCACAGCCAUGAAAGAAACUCUACUUGCAAAGGUGGAUUGGAGAGGAAGUUAUCGAUGCUCAAGCCAUAUGGUGAAGUGGAGCAAGAAGAGUGAAUCAGGAAAACGGAGAACAUGUCUAUUUUGUAUAGCUUAUCCUUAGGUUGUAUUCGUUGGUUGUAGCGAAUUGACCGAUUUCUCUUACUGCUGUCAAUGCCGGCGAUGAAUCAUUGAGGAAUGUUGAACUGUGUAGAGUUGAAGUUAAGGUCUACCAUUAAUAUAGGAAGAAAGGUGUGUGUGUGUGUGUGUGUGUGUGUGUCAUUAAAUAGUUGUCUAAUGAACAAACGAGACUACCAAUGAUUUUUUUAAACAAUAUAUCACCAUUAAUUAGAAUCUCUCA